GCACGCCGUGUAUGUGUGUGUUGUGCUAUGAGCUGCUGAACGGCUUCACUGAACUGAACUGAACCGAGCCGAGCCGAGCCGAGCCGGGACAGCAGGGCUGUAGACUCGAAGAAGAAGCGGCUGUCAGCACAUGUGAGAAGAUUUAAUUCAAAACCUCGAAGUCUGUUUAUUUAUUUAUUACAUAUUUCAACCGACUGCGGAUCACUGACACAUUUGCCCCUCACGUGAAUGUGUAUUUUGUACGUGUUUGCUUGCACGAGCGUGGACCUUUGACACUUGAACACAAAGUGCAAUUCGUGAAGCAGAAAAACUGAACGAGAAGAAGACAUGGAGAAACCAAACGGCUUCUCACAAGAACGAAACAUCCUCUGCCUGUUUGAUGUGGAUGGCACUUUGACACCCCCCAGAGAGAAAAUAGACCCACAGUUGGAUGAGUUCUUCCAGACUCUGCGGAGGAAAGUGAAGAUCGGCAUUGUGGGAGGGUCGGACUACUCCAAGAUAGCUGAGCAGCUCGGGGAGGGGGAUGAUGUGGUACACAAGUUUGACUAUGUGUUCGCUGAGAACGGGACAGUGCAAUACAAAGAUGGGAAAUUCCUCUCAAAGCAUGCCAUUCAGAACCAGAUCGGGGAGGAGCUGCUGCAGGACCUGAUCAACUUCUGCCUCAGCUACAUGGGGCUCAUUAAGCUGCCAAAGAAGAGGGGAACUUUCAUUGAGUUCAGGAAUGGAAUGCUCAACAUUUCCCCCAUCGGUCGGAGCUGCACGCUGGAGGAGCGAAUUGAAUUCUCUGAGAUCGACAAGAGAGAGAAGAUCAGGGAGAAAUUUGUUGCUGCCCUGAAGGAAGAGUUUGCUGGAAAGGGACUACGGUUCACUAAAGGUGGCCUCAUCAGCUUUGACAUUUUCCCGGAAGGCUGGGACAAGAGACUGUGUUUAGAGCUGCUGGAGAGUGAAGGCCUGGACGCCAUCUACUUCUUUGGCAACGAGACCUCAGAUGGAGGAAACGACUAUGAAAUCUUCAACGACCCACGGACCAUCGGUUUCACAGUCUACUCUCCGGAGGACACGGCCAGGUUCUGCCGGGAGAUUUUUUUUGAUGCUCCGCCACACGAGCCCUGAUGUCCUCGGAUGCCCCUACACCUGCCCCCGAUCACUUUACCCACAAACCCCUCUGAAUUCCCGCCUGUGGGUGUCCGCUGGUACGACAACAAGCAGCUGGA